UGCCGUCACCCUCAGUCCGUCUGUCCAUCCUCACAUGGGUCUGUCUCCUGUCUCUCCACCCUCCAUCCGCCACCCACCCACCCACCGGUCUGUCCACUCGCUGUGGAGUCGGGCUGGCGCCAGUGCCCUCAGUCAGUGUGUCGGACGGGGCGGGUGUGGCUCUGCCAGGUGGGGCAGGGGAAUGCACCUCAGGCCAGACUGGUCCAGGGAAACUGUGAGCGAAGCCUCACCCCUGUUGACCAGAGCUCAGGACCAGCUUGCAGGAGGCGCGUCCCGGGGCCAGUACCACACCCUGCAGACCGGCUUCAGCUCCCGCUCCCAGGGCCUGAGUGGGGACAGCACCUCGGUGAGUGACACCCGCGCCAGCCUGGAGAAUCUGGGCUCUGCGGUCACAUGGGGGAGGCUCUGGGGGAGGCUGUGGUCCCCAGGGUCAGGGAGAGCCCGGCCCCCACUCACGGCCAUCCCGGGGCGGCCGCCUCGGCCCCAUCCCCAGCCCAGCCUGACCCUGAACCCUUGUCUCUGCAGCUUCGACGACAUUGACUUGCCGUCGGCAGUGAAGUACCUCAUGGCCUCAGACCCCAACCUGCAGGUGCUGGGCGCAGCCUACAUCCAGCACAAGUGCUACAGCGACGCGGCGGCCAAGAAGCAGGCCCGCAGUCUUCAGGCCGUGCCCCGGCUGGUGAAGCUCUUCAACCACGCCAACCAGGAGGUGCAGCGCCACGCCACGGGCGCCAUGCGCAACCUCAUCUACGACAACGCGGACAACAAGCUGGCGCUGGUGGAGGAGAACGGCAUCUUCGAGCUGCUGCGGACGCUGCGCGAGCAGGACGACGAGCUGCGCAAGAACGUCACAGGCAUCCUGUGGAACCUGUCCUCCAGCGACCACCUGAAGGACCGCCUGGCCCGGGACACGCUGGAGCAGCUCACAGACCUGGUGCUGAGCCCCCUCUCGGGGGCCGGGGGGCCUUCCCUCAUCCAGCAGAACGCCUCCGAGGCGGAGAUCUUCUACAAGGCCACUGGCUUCCUCAGGAACCUCAGCUCGGCCUCCCAGGCCACUCGCCAGAAGAUGCGUGAGUGCCAUGGGCUGGUGGACGCCCUGGUCACCUACAUCAACCAGGCCCUGGACGUGGGCAAGUGCGAGGACAAGAGCGUGGAGAACGCCGUGUGCGUGCUGAGGAACCUGUCCUACCGCCUGUACGACGAGAUGCCGCCGUCAGCCCUGCAGCGCCUCGAGGGCCGGGGCCGCAGGGACAUGAACCGGCACACAACGGAGGCGGCCGCCGGAGCCCUUCAGAACAUCACCGCUGGCGACCGCAGGUGGGCGGGCGUGCUCGCAGCCUCCAGCCUCUUGGCCAACCUGUGGCAGUACAACAAGCUCCACCGAGACUUCCGAGCGAAGGGCUAUCGGAAGGAGGACUUCCUAGGCCCCUAGGCGAGGCCUUCCCAGAGGAGGAGGACGCGACUCGGCCCAGGCUCCGGAGGCCGGGCCCAGCCCCUGCUGCUGGAGGGCCGCCUGGAGGAGAAGACGGGUGGUCCAGGGCCACUCGCUGGAGCCCCGAGUGCAACUGGGAAAGGCCUGGGCCACCAGGGAGAGGACCGGGGACGGGGGCUUGCAGCUGGGACGUGGCUUCCGCAGGGCAGGGAG